AUGGCAGAAACCGACAUCACGCUCAGUGCUAGCAAAGCAGCUGCUGCAUAUGCUGCGGAACUUCCUACGCUCUCUCAACGCCUGGAAGAAGCCCUCCAAAACAACUGCUUUGAUAGUGCCUCGAAGCAGGACUCCAUACACCAGGUCCUCCAAGCGACUGCCGAGCGACUGCGCAGCUCCAAGAAUGACUCGCUUGCCCAGGCUCUCGAAGACACGCUUACAAAACUGUCGGACCAACCUUCCUUCGGCGGCUUAGGUGUCCAAGACCACGAUGAUGUGCCUGUCACGGUGUACAACGAGAUCAUACAUUGGACGACAGCCUACUUGCAAAGCGUCGAAUCGAAGCAGAAUGCGCGAGACUUCAUGAGCACAACCCGUGCCCAUGCCGCAAGACCUACCCGGCCAAUGACUCUCGCCCAGAAGAUCUUCACCCAGCAUGCACUUAGUGGUGUUCCACCGGACAGCAAUAGUCUGGCUCAGGGAGAUGUGAUUACGGCUGGACUCGACUGGGUCAUCGCAUCGGAGCUAUCCUGGAGGGCAAUGGCGCAGACUCAUGAAGAGCUCGGAAGUCCAGGGAUCUGGAGGAACGAUCGGUUCUGGAUUGCUGGCGACCAUGUCGUUCACCCGACAAUCCUUGACAACCCAACCAUCAAAGUCUACGUGGAGACGGCAGAGAAGGCGAAACGUGACUUCAAGAUGACAGAGUUCCAAGGCAUGAAUUACACCAUCAUGCACACAGAAUUCGUUCGAGAGAGAGCUGAGCCGGGAAUGCUGAUCGUGGGAUCCGACAGCCAUACGUGCUCCGCAGGCGCUGUCGGCUGUUUGAGCAUUGGCCUUGGAGCCGCAGAUGUCAUGACUGCUCUAGCUCUUGGCGAGACGUGGUGGAAAGUGCCUGACUCUGUGCUCAUUGAGUUGACUGGCCAGCCUGCGUUCGGCAUCUCGGGCAAGGAUGUGAUUCUGCACAUUCUGAAAGAACUGAAGCGAAACACCGUGGCGGCGGAAAGAAUCGUGGAAUUCGCCGGCGAUGGGGUUCGACAUCUCUCGAUCGAUGCACGAUUUGCGAUUUGCAAUAUGUGCACGGAGUUCGGGGCCAUCACUGGACUCUUUGUGCCUGAUGCUGUCACGCAGAACUAUGUCUCGCGGCGGAAACGUAAGGCGUAUAAAUCUCACUCGCUUUACUUUCAGCCUGAUAAAGACGCCGUCUAUGCACAUCGGUAUACGAUCGACCUCGCUGCAGUGGAGCCGUCAAUCGCAGUCUAUCCGAAUCCCGACGAUGUGGUUCCAGUGUCCGAGAAGUCUGGAAUACCGCUCGACGGAGUCUUCAUCGGAGCUUGUACGACAACCGAAGAAGAGCUUGUGCUGGGUGGUUUGACGUUGAAAGUCGGUCUCAAGAAGGAAGUCUAUGAGGCCGCCGGCUUCACAAGAGGUCCGCCAGGAUGUUCUCUCUGUGUCGGUCUCUCAGCGGAGAAAGCUUCCGAAGGCGAAACAUGGCUGUCGUCACAAAAUCGCAACUUUGCGAACCGUAUGGGAAAGGGGUCUUUCGGCCACUUAUCAUCUGCCGUUGUCUGCGCGGCUUCAGCUUUCAGCAUGACCAUCACGGACCCAGCUCCAUUCUUAGCUCAGCUGGAUCAGGCAUUUUUUGCGAAAUACAAGGGCCUCGGUGGCGGUGGCCUUGCACCAGUCGAUUACUGUGAGCCAACGCCGUUCCAAGAUACGACCGAAACACAUGAAACUACGAAUUCUCCUACCAAUACUAUCAAGCCGCAAAAUUCAGACGCGUUGCAACAACCAACCUCAGUCAUCCAAAGCAAAGUCAUCACGCUCGGCGACUUCAUCGACACCGAUGCCCUCUCCCCCGGCUUCACCUUGACAAGCUGCACAACAGACGAAGAGUUCGGCCAGCACGUCCUCUGCCACACCUAUCCCGAGUUCCGCAGCAAAGUCAAAUCCGGCCAAAGAGUAGUCGUAGGCGGCACAGCUUUCGGCGUCGGCAGUAGUCGAGAGUCAGCAGUCUCAGCACUCAAAGGCGCCGGAGUCGAAGCCGUAAUCGCCAAACAAUUCGCUUUCAUCUACGGCCGCAACCAGCCCAGUUUAGGACUCCUCGGGAUUGUGAUGGAAGAUGAGGAGUUCUAUGCUGCUGCUCGAGAUGGUGAAGCUAUUACGAUUGAUUUGCCGCAGCGGAUGAUAACUGUCGCUGAGAAGGAAUUUGCUUUUCGACUUUCGGAAAUUGAGGAUCGGUUGACGGUUAAUAAGGGUGUGGCGGAGUCGUAUAGGAGGCAUGGGAAGGCGAUUUGGGAGAAGCUUAUGGAGGUAGAGCCGGUGGAUAAGGAGGAGGGAGUUUCGCGGACUGCUCAGGAGAGGACUGAUACGAGUUUACAGUGGUAA